CUUGCCUGUAGCAGACACUUUGCAGGUCCUGGUCACUGGCGCUGUUAUCAGUACACAGGAUACACACAUAUAUAUGACUGUGGCCCCCGGACUCCUCCCUCCGGCUCCAGUGUCAGGUAAGUACACAGGAUACACACAUAUAUAUGACUGUGGCCCCCGGACUCCUCCCCCCGGCUCCAGUGUCAGGUAAGUACACAGGAUACACACAUAUAUAUGACUGUGGCCCCCGGACUCCUCCCUCCGGCUCCAGUGUCAGGUAAGUACACAGGAUACACACAUAUAUAUGACUGUGGCCCCCGGACUCCUCCCCCCGGCUCCAGUGUCAGGUAAGUACACAGGAUACACACAUAUAUAUGGCUGUGGCCCCCGGACUCCUCCCUCCGGCUCCAGUGUCAGGUAAGUACACAGGAUACACACAUAUAUAUGACUGUGGCCCCCGGACUCCUCCCUCCGGCUCCAGUGUCAGGUAAGUACACAGGAUACACACAUAUAUAUGACUGUGGCCCCCGGACUCCUCCCUCCGGCUUCAGUGUCAGGUAAGUACACAGGAUACACACAUAUAUAUGACUGUGGCCCCCGGACUCCUCCCUCCGGCUCUAGUGUCAGGUAAGUACACAGGAUACACACAUAUAUAUGACUGUGGCCCCCGGACUCCUCCCCCCGGCUCCAGUGUCAGGUAAGUACACAGGAUACACACAUAUAUAUGACUGUGGCCCCCGGACUCCUCCCUCCGGCUCCAGUGUCAGGUAAGUACACAGGAUACACACAUAUAUAUGACUGUGGCCCCCGGACUCCUCCCUCCGGCUCCAGUGUCAGGUAAGUACACAGGAUACACACAUAUAUAUGACUGUGGCCCCCGGACUCCUCCUCCCGGCUCCAGUGUCAGGUAAGUACACAGGAUACACACAUAUAUAUGACUGUGGCCCCCGGACUCCUCCCCCCGGCUCCAGUGUCAGGUAAGUACACAGGAUACACACAUAUAUAUGACUGUGGCCCCCGGACUCCUCCCCCCGGCUCCAGUGUCAGGUAAGUACACAGGAUACACACAUAUAUAUGACUGUGGCCCCCGGACUCCUCCCCCCGGCUCCAGUGUCAGGUAAGUACACAGGAUACACACAUAUAUAUGACUGUGGCCCCCGGACUCCUCCCCCCGGCUCCAGUGUCAGGUAAUGGCCUUCAGAAUGUGUCACCAUGUAAAGUGAGGUCAGAGCUGAUACCGUGGCUUAUGGAGGUGGCCCCUUCUCACUAGAAGCCUUCUGCUCAUCCAGCUCAUCCAUCUUCUCCUGAAUGACCCACCAAGGAUGGAGAAGAACUGGAAAGAGAUCAGCAGGAGAAUAUUAGACCUCACCUUGGAGAUCAUCUCCCUGCUGAGCGGACAGGAUUACAUUAUAGUGAAGAAGACAUCGAGGGGGAAUCCCAUCAUCCAUGAGUCAGAAGGGUGGACCCCCAUCACAGAGCCCCACCCCAUGAUACAUGAAAUCCUAGAACUCGCCCACAAGAUGAUGAAGCUGCUGACUGGAGAGGUUCCUAUAAGGUGUCAGGAUGUGGCGGUCUAUUUCUCCAUGGAGGAGUGGGAGUAUAUAAAAGGACACAAGGAUCUGUACAAGGAGGUCAUGAUGGAGAAUGACUUACCAGGGAUGGAUGAGGACAGAAGCCACAUGGGUGCGAGAAUAUUGGACCUCACCCUAGAGACAAUCGGCCUGAUAACCGGAGAGCAUUGCAUAGUAGUGAAGAAAGUGCCUGGAGAUUGUGUGGCCCCCCGUGUGUCUGGAGGAUGGAGUGGGAGCCAGGGCCUUAUCACAGAGCCUCACCCCCUGAUACUUGAGAAGAUCCUAGAACUCACCCACAAGAUGAUGGAGCUGCUGACUGUAGAGGUUCCUGUAAGGUGUCAGGAUGUGGUGGUCUAUUUCUCCAUGGAGGAGAGGAAGUAUUUUGAAGGACACAAGUAUUUGUACAAGGAGGCCAUGAUGGAGGACCACCGGCCUCUGACAUCACCAGACUCAGCAGGAACUGGAGUCACCGGAGGAACCGCGUAUGCAGUCGGUGCUGGAAUGGCCGCUGGAACCGAAGACGAACGGACUGGAGUACAAACCAGGCUAGAGGCCUUAGAAGCUCGAGAAGGCUCCUGCCUAUUGCGCCUUGAAUGGGACACUGAACCAGACUCCACAGAUUCGCCCAACAAAACAUCCGAAGAUGACGGUGAGCGCGAUCUGGAGGAUCUGGAACGCCGUCUACUCCCAGAAUCCCUUGAAAAGUGA